UCAGUCGGGCGCGCAGCUUGGUGCGCGACGUUCGUGCGCGGAGGGCUCCGCUCGCUUCCCUGGUUAUCUGGUCCACUUUUUGUGCGAGUGUGAGCGAGACAGCUUAUCGUUGAAGAGAGGAAGUGGAGCACGAGUGAGAUAGCAUUAUGGCAGUGUCGCAACCUCGCCCACCUGACCGUGUUGACGCCGCGCUCGAAAAAGUUGCGCCGUUGCGCUAUUUGGAGGCGCACGAAUGUGCUCGCACGGAGCGUGUCGUGACGCGUUAUUAUCACAAAUCAUUGUCAUACAAGAGUUUUUUGAGUUAUAAGAAAAUACUGAAAGCCUAUAUUCAAGAUUUCAUCUCUGGUUCGAGUUAUAUUCAACGGUGAACGUGUGAUGGUGUGAUCGUCGCGAUGAUGAAACGCACGGGUCCCAGGCUCGGGCCUGAUGAGCCGACGCCGAUGUCGCAGAGUCCCGCACAGAUACAACAGGCGGGUGCAAGUAACAUGCAUACUUUGGCCCAAUCGGCCCAACCUCAGAUUUUAGGUGCAACAGCAAUGCUCUCAGUGGGCGGCGGUUUCGGCCGCGGGCCGCCGCGCGCUGGCGCGCCGCAAGUCAUCAACUAUCUCAAGGCGAACGCGGUGCAGUACGCGCCGCCGAAGCAACCGCAAGUGCCGCCGAGGGUUAAGCUGGUAUCCCAGCAAACUGGACUGCCCCUUGGCGGAAGACAAUCCCCAAACCCACCGCCAGCAGGUGGGGCUUCCUUCCAAAGGCUCAAAGUGGAAGACGCACUAUCUUACCUCGACCAAGUGAAAUACAAGUUCAACACGCAGCCGCAGGUGUAUAACGACUUUCUGGACAUCAUGAAGGAGUUUAAGAGUCAGACUAUAGACACGCCGGGCGUGAUCACGCGGGUGUCGAACCUGUUCAAGGGCCAUCCCGAGCUGAUUGUGGGCUUCAAUACUUUCCUGCCACCGGGGUACAAGAUUGAGGUGCAGAGUAACGGACAGGUGUCAGUAUCGAUGCCGUCGCCGAGCGGUCUGGGCGCGGGCGUGGGCGGCGUGGGCGUGGGCGUGGUGGGCGGAGUUGUGGGCGUGGGCGUGGCGCACGCUCAGCACGCGCCCGCACCGCCCGGCGCGAGUGGGGUACUGUUGGGAGUGCACCAUGCGCCUGCGCAGCCGCAACUGCUGCAUCUGCUGCCGGUGCAACAGUCCGUCAGUCAAGUGGUGCACAAUCUGUCUGUGAAUCCGAGCCCAGCGAAUACACUGCAUCAUAUCUCGCAAGCUCAUCAGCAGAUUGAGGCAGCCGCUAUACAGCAUCAUACUAGCGGUGGUCCACCAAGUACAGGCAGUCACGCAACCGCGGCGGGCCAACCGGUAGAGUUUAACCACGCUAUCGAAUAUGUUAAUAAGAUUAAGUCCCGUUUCUCCCGGCAACCGGACAAGUACAAGCGUUUCCUGGAGAUAUUGCACGCGUACCAACGCGGCCAUCGCGAUGUCAAAGAGCCACAGGCUAAACAGCAGACGGAACAAGAGGUUUAUUCUCAAGUGGCAAAACUAUUCGAGAACCAAGAAGACUUACUAGCGGAGUUUGGUCAGUUUCUGCCGGAUGCUAAAGCGGUGACGAAACCACCGCACAUACCGACGCACGCUAGAUCGCCUCCACCGCCGGCGCGAGUGGAGCCCGAACCGGAGAGAUUCACAAGCGCUGCGUCUGCGUCGCCGCCAUUGCCGCAACAUCCUAUACACCAUCCACAGGUCCCAAAACACACGAGCGCAAGUAACGUGAGCGCUCCGCCGCCGCAGCAUCAUCAUCUCAAGAGAUCGCCCAGCUUCUCGUCUUCUACACCAAUAUCAUCGGGCGCGCCUCCCGCCAAGAAGUCCCGCGGGUGCGCUGUUGCCGCUGUGGGCGCGCUGCGUGACGUGUCGUACGCGGAGGCCGCCAAACUGGCAACCGCGCACGAGUACAACUUCUUUGAUAGGGCGCGACAAGCGCUGCGGUCGCCGCAUGUGUAUGAGAACUUUUUGAGAUGCCUGCUACUCUUCACGAACGAGAUAAUAUCGUCUUCAGAACUGCUAUGUGUGGUGUCACCGUUCUUAUGCAGACAUCCUGAACUACAAAAGUGGUUGCAAGACUUUCUAGGUCCGGUAUCACCACCGCACACUCCAACGGCACCUAAUUCAGGUUACAACAACACGAGCGGUUCAUCCACACUGCUCGGCUAUGAGAGAUCUCGUCUAGGCUCUGAGAGCAAAUCUCGAGAGCCGUUAGGGCUUCCAUCUGCGCUUGCUCUGUCCACACCACUGCGGCAUGAUAGACCGCAGACGGAGACUAAUUUGGAUCUGGACCUAUCCACAUGCAAGCGUCUCGGCACAUCAUAUUGCGCUUUGCCAAAAGAAGCGGCUUCCAGACGUUGUUCCGGUCGCACCGCGUUGUGUAAAGAGGUACUAAACGACACAUGGGUGUCAAUACCGACGUGGAGCGAGGAUUCCACAUUUGUGACGUCACGUAAGACGCAAUAUGAGGAAUACAUCUAUCGUUGUGAAGAUGAGAGAUUUGAGCUGGACGUGGUGAUAGAAACGAACGCGGCCACCAUACGCGUGCUAGAAGGGGUACAGAAGAAACUGGCCCGUAUGCCCGCAGAUGAUGCGGCCAAGUAUCGCCUGGAUGAUUGUUUGGGCGGCCACUCGCCGACCAUACACCAGCGGGCACUGCGCCGGAUAUACGGUGAUAAGGUGGCGGUGGACAUUAUCGCUGGUUUGAAGAAAAACCCGGUAGUGGCCGUGCCCGUUGUGCUGAGGAGGCUCAAAGCGAAGGAGGAGGAAUGGCGGGAGGCUCAGAAGGGCUUCAACAAACAGUGGCGGGAACAGAACGAGAAGUACUACCUCAAGUCACUCGACCACCAGGGCAUUAACUUCAAGCAGAAUGAUCUCAAAGCAAUGCGAUCAAAAUCUCUAUUCAAUGAGGUGGAAAGUGCAUAUGCAGCGAGGAGACCCGGGCCGCAUUAUAUAGCCGAUUAUAAUAUGACUAGUCGGCAAGAAGCUAUAAAGAUAGUCCGCGACGCCGCCGAGCUGCUGAUACACCACGCGCGGCGGCAGACGGCCAUACAGAAGGCGGAGAAACGACGCAUUAAGCACUUGUUGCGACAUUUCCUGCCCGAUCUGUUCAGUCAUCCGCGGCAACCGCUCUCCGAUGAUGAACGGGAUGACGAAGACAAGGAAGAAGCGACGAGUCCCGGCAGUCCGACGGCCGGACAGAACGAUGAGAAGAGUAGCGUCAAACAAGAGAAGCAAGAGUCGUCCGAGUCUGACAACGCGUCGGACAAGAGCACGCGCAACAAUAAGAUUGACAAGGAGAAUAAACCGAAAAAUAAUAAUAACACGGACACUAAAGAUAGCACAAACCCAAGCAUAAAACGCAGUAGCAGUAAUGAAGAUAAUGUUAAGUCUGAGAUGAAGAAUGAUAUGGACAUUGAAGACGAUUAUAGAGAUUAUCCGCCUAAUGAGGGCAGAUUCGUGUGCACAUCGUCCUGGUACCUGUUCCUCAGGCUACACGCUAUACUAUGCGCGAGGUUAGCUGGUGCAAGACGGGCGGCAUUAGCGCUGGCUGAAGCUGAAGCGGGAGCACAUCGACCGCCCAGCGUGGCGGCCGCGCUGCGACUGAAGCCGAACAAUCUACCAACCGAAGUAUCAUCCCCGGCGGAGUACUACAACACCCUGCUAGAACUGGUCAAGGGUGUGUUGGACGGCAACACGGAAGCGUCCGCGUACGAGGACGCGGCGAGAGAGAUGUUUGGCAUCAAGGCGUAUCCCGCCUACACGUUGGACAAAGUCGUAUCCACGGCGGUUAGACAGCUGCAACACUGCGUAUCGGAAAGCUGGUCGGUUCGAGCUGCAGAAAUGGCGGCCCGUGGUGGUAUGCGCGGUCCGUUGGCGUAUGUUCACAAGGCGGCCAGAUAUCUGCGAGCCGAUCAUACCACCUUCCUCGUACGCGUGUACGGUGGUGAUGAGUGCAAAGUGACAUUCGAGUUGCUGGAGCCGGCCGGUGAAGGUCGAACUUCGCCGCAGUUGAAUAAUGAAAACUCGAGGCUAUCGCCUACCAAUCAGUGCGGCCGCGAGAACGGAACCACGGGCGCGAUAAUGACAGCCGCAGCAUGGUCACGCUACACAGAGCGUUACGCACGUCCCGACAUAACAACGCGCUGCCACAAGCCGGUGUUUCUCCGCCGCAACGCGCGCCGCACCGGCGGCGACUCGCUCACCGCGCGCGCUGCGUGCGCCGCACCCGCUGCGGUGCACGCUGCGGUGGGCGGUGGGACUGGUGCAGGAGUAGCGGCCAGGCGACGCAAACCACCGAGGUUGCAUGAUCACUCGGAGUGUACUAUUGCGAAUCCGAUACGGUUCGUAGCAUGCCGUCCGCACCAACUGUACCGCGCGGGUUGUCUCUCAAGCGCCCGCGCAUCCCAUCCAAGACUAUCAGCGUUACGUAGAGAGAGAUUCCGCGCCUGGCUAGCUUCUACACAACGACCGACUUAGUUAUCCCAUAUCCCAUGCACGGUGAUGGGAUUCGACCACCGAAGAACCAGUGGUGGGAUGCCACGCGAGUGGUGAUAGCAACGGUGGGGCUGCGAGGAUGGUAUUACCACAAUACCAUCAGUUGUUAUGAAAAGCAAUGGUGAACACCACCGGAUCUUGCAAAGUGGCGAAGAGCUGCUAAGUUAUGGUGUAUACCACCAGAUUAUAUACCACUAGAUUAUGUGGUAGUGAUUCAUUUGAAAAUGGAGCGUCCGUCAGCAAGUUUCUGUCAUCACCACUUUUAGAGGAGCUUUCACCAUCAACUUACAGAUGUGGUAUGAUCACCAUCAGGUUGUGGUGAUAAACAACAAAGUGACUGGCAUUCAUCACCAUGAACCGCAGGAUUCCUGAAUCUACUGCUGGAGUUAAAUAACCUACUGUUUGUGAACUAUAAGUGCGUAAAUUAACUACUGUGAUAAUAUGUGAUCAGCCUGCUGCUUGAAUGUUGUAUGGAAAUUUAGAUCUGCUAGAAGCGAGAAAUCGAAAAAUUACAUAUGCGUUAGUGUAAAUUUCUCAAUACACCGGCUGUAAGAUGCAAAUCAAGAUAAAAAACGACGUGUGUCACUCGGGGACUGGGGCGGUUGCGCUAUUGCAUGCUAUGCCUUCAAGCCACACCUCCGCCCGUCCCCGUGGGGAGCGUGAGGUUUUUUCGUUACGGAAUUUCUCGAUUCGGUCCCGCGCUCAAGGCCCAAGAUAGAAGCUAUGCAAUAGCUUAAAAAUGUCAUUAAUAAACAGAUACUAAUAUCUUGUAUGGUCACUUAUAAUGCAAUAGUAGGUCGUUUUAGAGAUAAAGUGGUAGAUGUGAACGGUGGUCAAGUGAAACUAAGCAGGCUUCCAUCUCUUAACUUAAGUGGUCACUGCCUUUCAAAGUUAAUGUCAAACACCAAGUUAUAGUAAAAAAAGAGUGUGUGUACUUAUGUACACGCGUUAGAAGUUAUACUUCUUUGGCGUAUGGAAAAAUACUAGAUACAACUUGAACAUAGUUAUCAAUUUUCAUACAACCUAGAACUAACUUCAUGCUGUUAAGUUUAUGUGUCGGUGUGCGCGCGCAUCAAAAAUUCCCUCUCAUCAUUUUUCUCCAUCGCGCCAAAAGAAGUAUAACUUCAAAAAGUAUCACCAUAGCACACGGAACUGUCCUACAGAUGUAAUAAUAAUUAUAAAACAUAUUUACAUGUAAAUUGUAAAUGUCUUGAUCAUUACAUAAUUAACUCACUCACCGCAGUGAUCACUGUUGUCUCAAAUGUAUAUAGUUAAGGUCCCAUUGGGGUAAUUGCCCAUUCUGCCCCAUGGGUUGCCAGAGGCAAUUUAUUGCCCCCAGGGCAAAUAUAAGCACACAUACGCUCCGUCGUUUAUUUUGUACAGCAAUGCUACAUUCCUCUAUGCUUGCUUUUUAUUGUAUUCGAAAGCGAAAACCCUCGGCGAUUCUGUUUUGGCUGUAAUAUGAACUAAGUAUUGAAAUAUGAUGUGAAUAAAAUUUAUUAUUUAUUAAAUUGUUUGAGUUUUCGUUGGACGGGGCGUGGAAAUUGAUCCGAACUAUACAGGGUACUCACUCGAAUAAUCAUUUGGAUCGGUUUCAUACAAUCUCUGAGUCGCGUUUUAGCGGCUUUGUUAGUUUAAGUGAGAAUUUAGAGCGAACUGUAAAUAUGUUCUAAAUUUCUUAUGUACAGAUCUCCAAGUACAUUGUAAAUAGAGUGAUUUGUUGAAGAACCAAUCUUGUUAAUUUGUAAUGACGAAGAUGAAUAAAUAUUAUUAUAUUUAUA